AUGUUAAAGCAACGAGGUCCAACUCUCAAGAUGCCUGUUGCCGGAACCGAAAAGGAAUUUCUCGAGGAUGACGUCAGUCUGAGGUCGCCAGCAAAUCCGUCAAAACGAUUGAGACUUUGCCGCUUCAAGUUUAAUGCUAUUCAUUCGAUUCCGGCUUCCCAGCAUCUGAUAAUGUGGCAAUUCCACUUCUCGACGUUGCAAUCUGACAUUCAGCUGACUUUGGCAAAUGACUCGGUACGAGAUGGCGAAUGUCAUCCGCAAAAUGAGACUGCAACUUCUGCUUGA